GCCCCAGCUCAGAUCCGGUCAGGAGUCAAAGAUGGCAAGAAAACGGAGGGAGAGAGAGAGGGAGAGGGGGAGGGGAAGAAGGGGGCGAAUUAGGCAAAACAAUGAUGAAGGCGAGAAUGCAGAGGAGGGGAGAGGAGGGGUCUUAAAAGCAGGUCUAUUUUUGGGCAUGCUUCGGGGAUUACGAUCUAGAAAGUGGGACUCGAUAAGAACCGGGGGCCUACGCUCGUGCCGCUUUGCAACGGCUCCAAGAAAGGAACCAACGUCCGUCCUUUCCCCGGCUCGAUUCUUCCUUCGGUUGUGCUCUGUUUCGCUCUGUUUUCGCGUUCUGUUUUUUGCUCUGCCCGGUCCGGAUCCUUAGCCUCUUCUUCGUCCCGACCCAUAUCGCCACAUCUCUCUCUCCCUCUCUCUGUAGGUCGAGCUGUUAAAUGGGGUGCCUAAUUAUAGGCUGAGAAAUGGGGCCGGAAAUGGGGCUUUGAAUGGGAGCUGGCGGACAAAUUUUAAGCGCCCUCUUUAAGGAUGGAUUGAUGGGUUAUAUGGCGUCGUCAAACUAGUUAGUCGUUGCCCCCCUCUCUCCCUCUCCCUCUCUCUCUCCUCUAAUUUUGCUCUGGAGGAACUCGUCAAACGAAGGAACAGAGGAAAAAAAAAAUGGAAAUCUUAAAAAAGACGAAUUGGGAUUGUCAGACGGAUUCUUGUGCGAUUGAUUGAUUCCUCUGUCAAUCUAGCCACCCAUUUGGCUCCAAUGGGUUCUCCCGCCUCAAAUUUGGCAUCUUGAGGGAAGUAAUGGCGUCUUCUCAGGUGGAGAUCGUGGCGGCUUCGUCUCCGUUCGGUUGCGUCUUGAGGGAUCACAACCGGCGAGACGGAUGCAACAGAGACUUCCGCAAGAACAUUAAGGACCUGGUCAGAGAUCACCUCCACACGUGCCUCCCCGACGACAAUGCUUCUUCGCACGGCCCCAUCGCCGCCAACAACCCCGGCACCAACAACGACAGCGACAGCACCGGCACCAACAGCGGGGAAAAUCGUGCCAAAUUAAGACCUCUGCGGGGCUUGAAUGGCAUUGACAGAGACGGAGACGGAGACAGAGACAGACAGGAAUUGUCCUCGCCGUGGCCGCUGACGCCGAGGCAAGCUCGGGGUCUUGAUCGAUGGGGUCCUCAACAAGCUGGAGAUAUGGUGUCCUCCACCUCCGAGAUACAUCCUCCUCCUCCUCCUCCUCCUCCUCCUUCUUCCUGUAUCCCGAAUUCGCAAUCCCAGUCGGAGGAGAGCGGCGACAAUAAUUCAGGGGUUGGAGGAGGAGCUUCUUCCCUUGUGCAGAUGUGGGAGGCCAGGCUUAACCGGUCACCGAGCAGCAACAGGAACGGUAACAUCAAUAUUAGCAUCAACAUCGCCCAAAAUAACGCUAACCAUGUCAGCAGCGGCGGCAGCAAUUCAUAUUCUCCUUCAUCGGGCAGUUGCAGCAGGAGUCCUAAAUCCAGCGCUUCCACAAAUGUGGAAGAUUCGUCGAGGGUAUGUGAUUUGGAAUUGUGCGAUAGGAUGGUUGCUUCCGAGGACCCGUCUCCUUCUUCAUCAUCAUCUGUAGCAGAUAGUGCAGGGGGAGGAGGAGGAGGAGGAGGAGGAGGAGGAGGGCAGAAACAGAAGGUUCGAGUGGCUGAUAUCAUCAGGAGAUUGACUACUUCUGAUAAUGAUCAUGACACGAUUGGGAGCAGCGGAUCGCCAUCUCUAUUGGAUCAAAUGGAGGCACAGAGGGGAUUCGCGCCAGUAUUGAAUUCACCAAGGAUCAGAGGGCGACAAGCCUUUGCCGACUUGCUCAUGCAGAUGGAGCGCGACCGACAUAGGGAGCUUGACUCCUUAUCUGAGCGCCGAGCUGUUUCCCAGUUCUCGCACAAAGGCCGCAUUCAGUCGUUGCUCAAGCUUAGAUUUUUGCAACGCGGCAUGGUGGACCGCAGUCAGCAGCGCCUCAUUUCAGGAGCCUUUGGAGGAAAUUCUUCGCCUCAUAACAGUUCAGCUAUCAUGCAUCUCAGGGAAAGAUUUAGCACGGCCAUGGAGCAUGACCAGGGAGAUCAGAAUCACCCAGUUGAGCCAAGAAGCUCUCCUCGGCACCCACUAUUAAAGAACUCCGGCACUACAAACACUCAGUAUCAGAAUAGUCAUCAUCAGGAAGAUGAUGCUAGCACAAUUGAGCAUUCCCAUGCUCUCCCAGUUCCUUCAUCAGCACACUCUAUUGAAGAUCUUCCUGAUGAGGCUAGUUCAACUUCAACUGCCAUACGUGAAGAUGUUACAAGCCUUGAGAGUAGCAAUAGCAAUCUUGAAUUAGAACAAACGACUGAAGCGUCCAAAGCUCUCCAUGAACAGGCAAGUCAAGCUUCAAUUGUCGUAUGUGAAGAUAAUAGAAGCGUCGAGAGUAGCAACAGUCAUAUUGAAAUACAACAAAUGAUUGCUGCGAUCUCACCUCUUCAUGAAGUUGCCAGUCCAACCUCAGAUGUCAUGUCCCAGGCUACAAGCUCUGAUGCUAGAAAUGGUAACAAUCUCGAAUUACAACAACCGACAGAUGCAUUAUUAUCUCUACAUGAAGAGGCAACUUCACCUCUGAGUGUCAUAAGUCAAGGUACAAGCUUCGAGGGUUACAAUGGAAAUAAUGUUCAACCCCAAGCAGCAACAGACGCACUGUCAUCUUUGAGUGUCUGGUAUGAGGAUGAAAUUAUGGAGGAACAAUCUAAUGACAAUGCCAAUGAAGAGGAAGAAUGGUAUAGAGAACACGGAGGCACGUAUGACUGGUUCAGAGAUAUAUCUCGUCCACGAAGUUAUUGGGAGGACCGAAGGCAAGAAUGGUACAGAGAGAUGCUUGGAACAAACUCUGUAAAUGAGGAAAUCCGCCAACUUAUUGAGAGGGGCAGAGUAUCCAGUUUCUUGUCUAGUGACUUCCGGGAGAGAAUGGACGAAUUGAUGACGUCUCACUUACAAAGACAAACCCAGCCAUUAGGCCACCAAGAAGAAGAGCAAGAUGAUUUAAGCAGUCAAGAGAGAAUGGAACAAUUAAUGUCAUCCUUGUUACAAGGCCAUGAACAUCCAGUUGGUGACCAACAAGGGGAAGAAGAGCGUGACCAACUGGGACAACAACAAGAAGAGGAGGAAGAGGGGGAUGCACCAGAAGAAGAAGAACAAGAAUAUACCGUUGCAUAUGAGGAGGAUGAAGAUAAUGAUGAUGAAGAGGAGGAGAUAGAGGACAGUGACGAAGAAAUGGAGGAUGACGAAGAAGUGGAAGGACAAGAGGAGGAAGAGGAGGAGGAGGACGUUGAGGAGAGAGGAAGCCUAAUUGGACAUCAGUAUCAUGAAGCAAGUGAUUAUUUUGAUCAUUCCACAGCUUCAUUCCAUAUGCCUUCUCAAUCUCUGAGAUCGUGGAGUUACAAUGAUAAUGAAAUGAAUGACGACCAUGAUCAAGUCGCUUCUACGUCAUCUGAGCAACCUCCACCAUCUCAUUCCUACUAUGAGGAUCCUCAGCAGCAUUCUACCUGUAUCGAUAACCUUUCGAUGGAAAUGGAACUUAUAAUCGAUCUGAGAGGACAAAUGAAGCAACUCCAACGUGAGAUGUCUGAGCUCAGGAAAUCAAUAAAAAGCUGCAUGGAUAUGCAGGUGACAUUGCAGGACUCCAUGAAACAGGAGAUGAGUUCUGUUCGAGGUGAUGCAGCGAGGUCAGUAGACAAAAUACCAAGAAAAGGGAAUUGUAGCAUCUGCUAUGAGAAGCAAGUGGACUCGCUACUUUACAGAUGUGGGCACAUGUGCGCCUGUCUCAAGUGUGCCCAUGAACUGCAAUGGAGCAGCGGGAAAUGUCCAAUAUGUCGAGCUCCUAUAGUGGAUGUUGUAAGGGUGUACACAGAUUCAUAAAUGUGAUGAUCGAGUUCUUGCUUCAGAGGACCGUCCCAAUUUGUGCCAGUAACCUCGAUGAAAGUUGAAUCGGGAGACGUAAUUGAUGAAUAUCCUACCGGAGGCUCCGGGGAAGUCAGAAUAGGAGAGCACUCGAAUGGAUUUUUGGUUCCGGAAGAUGCUAAUCUUUGUACAUGCUGACUUUAGGAUUGGAAAUCACUUGACACUUGGCUGAAUGGGCGGUGUAAAUUGUUUGAUGAGCUAGGCUACUGAACAAAAUCAGCAAUUUAUCUCUGUGAUAACAACUUGGAGAGAAUUGCCUUCAGACAUCAGAUUGGAUGAUUAUCUGUCCAAAAUAAGAAUAAUGAGCGGCAAUAGUUAUGGAAGACUGAUGUUUCUUUUUACCUGAAAAGAAAAGGUGGAUUGUGGUCGGCACAAAUUCUUGCUCCAAGAUCUAUUGUCAAUUUAUUCUGAAGCAACUGUGAACUCGGAAGCCUGUUUAUGUCGAAUCGUUUCGUCUUUUAUAAGGUGAUGGCGAUGUGAACUUUUAGGGGCUUGUCCAAAGGAACGAAACUUGACCUGUAUCAGUGACAGACUGUUCUACUUGCAAUGCGUGUACAGCUUUCAAGCAAAUUCCAUCCAUCCUCUCGUUGGGGAUUCUGGUCA